CGUUCAUCGCCGCACUUCCAAGUUCCAUUUCCAGCGGGCGUGAGCUUGGUGUUUUGAAAGCUCUCAUGGAGAAUUUUCAGAAUACCUUUAAAGCGUGCCCUUUAUGAAGUCUAAGUUCAUUAAAGAGAUACCUGAAUGUCAUGGCAAGGAUUGAAACUUCACCGUGUAUGUAUGGCAACUGUUUGGAAAGAUUGACAAAGUACAACUGACAGGGUACAUGUACAUAGUCAACCUGCCUUUUUUCCCCCUGAAGGUCUUCAAACGUAGAAACUAGCUGUCCAUAAGCAGAGAACUUGCAUCAGUCGAAUCUCUUGUAACAUCAGUUGCAUCCAGUGGUCUGUCUUUCUUCCAAAUCUGAAAUCGUCAUGGGACAUUUUGUAGAAGUUUUGCUCGUCGCCAGUUUGGCACUGGCUGGACCAGUGCAAGUACUUUGCGGCUCAAUGGACAGCCUUCCAAAGUCUUCAAACUCAUCCAAGGGCCACAAAGGGAACAAGCUCGGACCUCUGGAAGGUGGAGCUAAGGAAAGAACUCGGGACGCUGGGGGCAUAACCCCACCCACAUCACAACAAGUUUUUUUUCGGUUGUCGCAUGAUGGAUGGACCCCCUGCGAAAGGAAAAACAGGACCUCUUGCGGACGGACACUGAGAAAUGUUACGUGUAUUUUCACCGCAAAGAGCAAGCCGGUUCCCAUGCAUUAUUGUGCCUCGUUAGUCUUGUCCCAACCGAUGUAUCGGCCUUGCGACCCUUGCCCGGAGGACUGCGCAAUGACUGUUUGGUCGGGCUGGUCGGAAUGUAGUUCCACCUGCUCCCCUGCAACCAGGUUCAGAACCAGGCGGGUUCUGACAGCGGCCAGGCACGGCGGUCGGGGAUGCGGGGAUCUCUCUGAGAGAGGGGCCUGCUCAGAAUUGCCAGACUGUGAAGUUGAGGUCAUGGUGCCAAUUUAUACCUGGAAAAUUGGGGAGUGGAGUAGCUGUCGGCAGGCAGCACAGCAUGCUAAGGUUGGCUGCGGCCUCGGGCAGCGGUUCCGAUCCAUUUCCUGUGUGGACGCCCAAGGAGAAGUUGUUGACAACGAUCUGUGCUCUGACGACCAAGAUCCUCAGAAGCGCGGAAUGCAGCCCCCAUCAGCUGAAACUUGUUCCAUCCCCUGCAACUGCCAGACUUCGCCCUGGGCCGCCUGGGGAGUCUGCUCUCAGACCUGCCAGAACCACCUUGCACCAGCUCAGACUGGUACCGUGCAGACCCGUACUCGGGAGAUCGUGAGGCUGCCAGAAAACGGAGGGCUGCCCUGCCCGAGCCUGGCUGAGCGGAGGGAAUGCGAGGGGGAGCCACUGCCGGACUGCCCACGCUUUGAAUGGGUCGCAGAGGAGUGGCAACCGUGCAGGCUGUCGCCAAGCAACGAUGAGACGUGUGGAGCAGGACGACAGAAGAGGCAAGUCUACUGCAUCCAGGAAGGAGAUUCCGAUCGUAUCCCUGUCACGAACGAUAACUGCAUCAACUCUCCUGUCAAUGCAACGAGUCUGGAGCCACCCGGGAAGAGAGCCUGCUGGUUGGCCUGUCCCGUGGACUGCCAGCUGGGGGAGUGGCAGAGCUGGUCUCCCUGCUCUCAGAGCUGUCAGGAGGGCAUCCAGGUCCGGUCCAGGGAGAUCCUGGUGAGGCCGGCCCAUGGUGGGAAGGAGUGUGGGCCGCUGGCUGAAGCAAAGGAGUGCGAAUUCGUGGAGUGCGCCUGGUGGCACACCUCACGAUGGAGCAAGUGCUUCCUGAACCAUGGGCAGACGGACUGCGGCCAGGGCAGCCAUGUCCGCACCGUCUACUGCAUGAGUGCCUUGGACGAGCUCCUGGAGGAUGAGGAGUGUCCUGGGGCAUCCCCAGCCUACCAGGAGGAGUGCCGGAUACCCUGCCCGACGGACUGUGUCAUCUCGGAGUGGACAGACUGGGGACCCUGCUCCAAGAGCUGCGGGAAGAAAGGCGGCACGCAGAUGAGGACCAGACAGAUUCUGGCUUACUCGGAUCUGGAAGAGGACUCCUGCCUUCCAGAGAACGAACUGACACAGCUACGGCCCUGCAACCUGCACGUGUCCUGCCAGAGCUACACCUGGCAGGUCGGGGCCUGGCAGGGGUGCAUCAGGUCCUCGGUGUCAGAAGCGGGAUGCGGCCAGGGGGCUGGGAUCAAGCACCGGGAGGUCACCUGUGAGAAGGAGACGGGCAUGGCACCAGAUGAGAGCUACUGCGACCCAGCCUCCAAGCCAGCUGCCCAGCGUGCCUGCGAUGUGCCCUGCCCCAUCGACUGCAGGCUGUCGACCUGGAGCGCCCUCUCUGGUUGCAGUGAGACAUGCGGUGCCAGUGGCAUGCGGGUGCAGAUGCAGAUCAUUGUCCGACUCCCUGCGCACGGUGGCACUCCAUGUCCAAGCGAAGCAGAUGAAGAUGGUCUCGUUGUCAGAGUGGAAUCGUGUGACGAUCUCCCCCCAUGCUACAGCUACCACUGGAAUGCCGGGAACUGGACUGACUGCGAGGUUGUCGGCACCGAGUGCGGCAAGGGCCUGCAGACCCGAGAGGUACAUUGCGAGAGGAGCGAUGGAACAACUGUCGAACUGGGUUUGUGCCUUCGCGAGUUGCUUUCCACUCCACCGCCCUCCUACCAGCAGUGUCUUGUGACAUGUCCUGGGGACUGUCUCCUCUCUGAGUGGACAGUCUUUGGGCCGUGUGCCCACGACUGUGGCCAUUUAGAUCACAGUGGCUACUGCCGAAUGCGAUCACGGACCAUCUUAAGCAUCGCUCCAGCUAUAGACAACGCCGGCGAACUCUGCCCUCACAUUGCUGACUCUGACCUGAGAAAUUACAUGUCAUGUGACGACGAGACCUUUACGUAUGAGUGGCAAAACGGAACCUGGCAGAGCUGUCUUCUUCAAGAAGGUGCCGAGUGUGGGCCGGGCACCAUGCACCGCAGCGUGCUCUGUAGGCGCAGUGAUGGCGUGUUCGUCCCUGAUCAUUUCUGCCAGGUGUCCGCCGCCAAGCCUGGCACGCAGCAGAGCUGUGAUGUCCCCUGCCCCGUCGACUGCAUCGUGUCUGAGUGGAUAGACUGGUCACCCUGCACUCAAGCCUGCGGACAGGGUAUCAGGACCAGGCUGAGGAACAUUCAGCAGCAGAGUGUACAUGGUGGGCGGGACUGCCCCCAUUUGAUUGACAGCAUGAUUUGCAUGGAGAUGCCUUGUGCCCAACUUGAGUGGGAGGUGUCACAGUGGGGUCCCUGUGAGUCUAUUGAUCCGCGCAGCAAUUGCGGCAGUGGAGCACAGACACGGAGAGUGUCCUGCAAGGCUGGGGACAACUUUGAAGAGGAGUGCGAGGAACGGCUCCCCAAGCCCGAUGCCAGCAGGGGCUGUGUACUACCUUGUCCAGGGGACUGCGUCAUGACCGACUGGUCGGAUCAGACGCACUGCCCCUCCCCCUGCCAGCAGAACAGCAGCAAGUCGCAGAUCCGCUCUGUCAUCCGGCACCCGAUGGCGACAGGGGAACAGUGUGGGGACCUGACUCAGACUGUGCUGUGCACUGGGGCUGACUGCAUUGCUGACGGGUACCGGCUGGUGACGGGCGAGUGGAUCCACUGCAAAGCCGUCAGCGGGGAAUGUGGCACAGGCAUUAGGCAACGGACUUUCAACUGUGUCAAUGCCAGAGGCUUCCCCGUGUCCAUGCACCACUGCCCCUUUGAGAACAUUACCACCAGCGAGACCUGCGAUGUACCAUGCUCUGUCACCUGCGAACCAGGGAAGUACUCUGACUGGUCCCCAUGCAGUGAGACCUGUGGGCUGACAGGGGUCAUGGAGAGGUCAAGGGUCAUGGAAUCUUUAUACCCUGGCAAGAAAUGCUCCCAGAAGUUCACUUUAAGUCAGACGAUGCCGUGCAACUCGGUUCCCUGUCACACCUAUGCCUGGGAACGGAGCUUCUGGAGCGAGUGCCGGUUUGAGACAGCGCGCGGGUGCGGCUUCGGGGAGCGCACGCGGUUCGUUGAGUGUCUGCGCAGCGACGGGCUCACUGUGGAUCACGAGUACUGCAUAAUACAAGAAUUCCCAGACGCUCAAAAUCCAAAUGCCAUGAACCUGUUCCUUUCCACUGCCAAUGCGACAGUGUUAAACAUCGAGACAUCACAGCGUUGUGAGAAGCCUUGUCCUGGAGACUGCAUGAUGUCUCCGUGGAGUCCUCAGACCCCCUGCUACGGUUCCUGCUACUCUCAGAGUGAUCCGCCCUAUGUCACAAGAUCAAGGGCAGUUACCAGGCCGGCCAGGCCUGGCGGAGUGCCUUGUCCUGAAAAUCUCAUUGAUCAGAGGUCAUGCCCAUCAGAUCAAGCAGUCUGCCCCAAUUUCACCUGGCAGACUGGCCCCUUUGAUACAGGGACCAAGAGCAGAGAGGUCUGGUGCCAGAUAGAAGAUGGUUCCACGGUCUUAAAUGUGACUGGAGGUUGCGUUGAUGCUUUGAGGCCAUCGCCUGUCCUUGACUGCAACCCUCAAUGCACUGCACUGGGCGCCGUCUGCGACCAGGGCAGUUGCCGUUGUGCCGAGGGUUUUGAAGGCAAUGGUCACACUUGCUUCCCGAUCAGCGGCUGCGUCACGGAUGACCACUGUCCACUCCCCCACUUUGUGUGUAAUCAGUACGGCCAAUGCACCUGUGGGUCCGGCUUCGGGUUAGACAUUGCAUCUGGGUUGUGUGUGGAGUCCAAUGUCAUCCCCGAAGGCAAUGGCCCUGCCAGUCCGACAAAAUCCCGAACAGAUGACAGGAAUAAUAGGGGAAAUAAUAACGUGGAACAGUAUGAGAGUAAAUCUGACUUCUGGAAGUGGAUCCUCAUCGCCAGCCUGCUCAUGUUGGCCCUGCUGGUGGUUAUCGUCGGUGUCUUUCUCAUCAGGAGGCGGAGGGCAAGAGAGGUAGGCUUCAACCCCAUCCCGACAAUCAGCGACUCAGACUUCCCACUGACCAAGAUGGUCAAAGAUGUCGUUACCAAAUGCUGAGGACAGGAUUUCCACAGCCAAUGAAAAGGCUAGUAUGUUGUUCUAUUGAACUUAUUUUUUUUGGUUACAGUCUUUAAGAAUUGAUUUAUGCAGUGACUUUUCUUUGAUACUGGUUAAGGUCAAUUUGGAAUCAGUUUGGUUGAAGAAAUUGACUGGAGUGGGGUUUAAACCUCCAGCCUCACCAUGGGAGUUGUUUUGCCAUGUUCAGCCUUAAAUUGGCAAACAAAGCAGAAAGGUUGUCUUGAAAUUCUUAUCAAGGUUCAAGGUUUUCUCUUUUUAUUCCGGGAAGGGGAGGAAUUUUUUGCUGUGGGUUUUUGAAAGAGUGACUGGUGUCAGACAAAAUAAGAUUAAAAUUUGUUUGUGUAAAAAUUUCAGAAUUUUAUCAACUUCAUUUUUUUAAAUUGAGGCUGAUACCUGUCACUGAUUGCCACAAGGUGUUGCUUUCUAGAAUUCUAUGAUUAGAGUUGUUAGUUUUAUUUAGUAAUGCAAGUAACCUUUUGUCAAAUAAUGCUGUCAAAAACGAGUACCAAAACUGGUGUCAACAUCUGCCGCCCAUACCUAUUUCCAGACCUGUCUCAAAAACCUCACAACCCGGAACCAGCUUUCCAAGCCUGCCAUCGGAAUCUAGUGUCAAAACCUGGCAUUAGAAUGUGUCAGAACCUGUCAUCGAAACUCCCACUAAACCUGCCAUCAAACCUUGUGU